UUUUUUUCUGAGAUGCGCAAACGUCAGACAACCGGUCACUAGAAUGGGUCGUUGCGGUAACAUGGUUAGUUGCCACAAUGGUUCCGCUGAGUGUGGUUGUGCUGUCGUGCCUGGCUCUCGCCGCCGCCACCGACGUCGACCAAUGUCCAGGUGGUCGGACCGUUGAGACCCUCAGGAGCGACGUCGUUCUGACACCAUGCAAGAAGCUGCCAUGCAAGCUCAAGAAAAACACCAGGCAACACGUCACUUUUAAAUUUAAAACCGACAAGGAAAUUAAAGAACUGAAGAACCACGUGCAGGCGGAGGUAUUCGGAGUGCCGCUGCCGUUCGUCGGUGUGGACGGCAAGUCUGCGUGCGACAAGCUGGAGACGGAGGCCGGGGAGAAGGCCUCCUGCCCGCUGGCUGCCGACACUACCUACAUCUACAAAGACUCGUUCCCCAUUGAAAGCUUUUAUCCAAACAUAGAAGUAAGGGUGCACUGGGCUCUGCAAUCGCACGGGAAAGAUGUCGCGUGUUUCGAAGUACCCGCUAAUAUUGGCAAUUAAUGUAUUGGAGAUGUUUUCUUCCUAUUA